GCGUCCCAGCAACGCGCCCGGCCCUUCCCUCUGCCCGGCCUAUUCUCCCUGGUGCCCCUCCCUUCCUCGAGGCUGCAGCUCACCCCUCAUUGGGUCUCUCGUUGGUCAGGAGGGCGCGGGUCUGCACACUCUCACUCGGUGCGGGACAGUAGUUCCUGCGGUUCUUGCUGUGGGACCUGCCCGAAAGCCAGAGCAGUGGGGAGGGACGGCGAGAAACAAUGUUUAAGUUUAUUUAAGAAAGAAGAAAAAGAGUCAAAAAGUUCAAGAUUUUCGUCACUCUUAUUUUUAAGGCGCAUCCAAAGCUCCGUGGAGAAGGGGCUGGAGGGUGGGAAAAUUAUUUUUGUGCAUAUUCCAUAUAAGAAAGAAGAGACCCAUCGAAGAUUCAAUACGGAGUCACCUGGAAAUUGGAGAUGUUGGAUACGAUCGCCCGUGCCCUGCAGGACCUGGGCAGGCAGGUGCUGCCCACUCUGCCCUCGCUGAGUCAGGAGGAAGUCUCUAUUAUCUGGGGGAAUGUAUCAGAAUUUGUGAGACGGCAGUUAACCCUGCACAAGGGGGUUCAGAUUCCAGGAUUUGGAACUUUCACUUUCAUAAGACAAAAGUUUGAGGUGGGAAACAACAAAUUUAUCUUAAUCCAGAGGCCCGUGUUUAUCAUGGCAGAGAAGCUAAUGCAGAUCCAUGGACUCAAACAAAACAAAGUAUAUACUCCUGGUGAUAUCCCAAUUGUUCCACUUAAUUUUGUCAUGGUAUCCCUGGAGGGUCCAUUUAACAGAGAUGUAGUGGAAGGAUGUGUGAAGGAGACGUUGCUUUUUUUAUCGCGUUCCAUUUCCAUGAAACAAAAUGUGGAGUUUACAUUCAAAGGAAUUGGGGUCCUCAUGAUCAGAGACAGCAAAGUGAAGAUGAGGUUUUAUAAAGACUUCCUUUGUACCAUGGAUGGAAGUGGGGCUUUGGCAAAGGCCCUAGCAAAUAGGCCUGGCACUGUGGACUCGGUGUUGUCUAGCAGAGAGGCCUUGAGGAAGUGGCCCAGCAGUGUGCUUGCGUUUCCAAGGAUUGAGCUCAAGGAGAUGGAAAACAAACUGCCUAUGGAGACCCUUGUAGAAGAAUGUGGAGAGAACAGAGAAAAGUGCAAGUUAAAAGACCAGUCAGACAAAGAAGAAGGCACCAGAGAUAUCUCAUCACCCAAAAGACUUCGAGAUAGACAAGCUUUGUUCCCUGCCAAAGUGACAAAUGUCAGCUUGCUGGAAAAGUUUGAACGAAGUGAGAGUGGUGGGAAGAUUAUGACCCCUGAAAGCUUAUCAUCUCCAAGUUGUCUGAAACAUGACAGUGAGAUGAAGCCCCAAACAUCUCCAGCUUGCCAGGAUCAUAAUAAGGCAGGACAGGAAAUGUGCUAUGUAUGUUUGCAACGAGCACAACGAAAUUCCCCGUUGUACUACAGUGAGGAAAGGAGGAGAGAGAUAGAAGAUGAGAGACUCAUACAGCAGUAUCAGAUGUUGAAGGAUCAGGAGGCUCUCUUCAGACACCAGAUGAAAAGUCUGGCUAUUAGAGAACAGAAUCAGAAAAAUGCUGCCUAUAAUCUUGGAGUUGCUGAAGCUAUAAGAAGCCACAAGAAUGAGAAACCAGAAUUUUAUAAAUCCUUCCUAUUUGACAAACGGCCACUCAGUCCUGAGCUUAAUGCUCUUAAGCAAGAGGAAUAUUCCCGGAGUCUCCUGAAACAAAUGGAUAACAGACAGGAAAACAAAAUAAAGCAAAGACAAUACAGAGAGUUGAUGGACCGCCUGGAACAAGUGCAACUCACAGAGGAACUUGCUGCGCAAAGAGCGAAAUUUUUAAAAGAUAAGAUGGAAGAAACACAGUGUUACAAGAGAGCUUUGGAUGCACAGAUAAAGAACAAACCCUCCCGGCUGCCCGCCUUUGAGCCAGACUCCUCUGAGCCCAUCUUUGGUAAGAAUGAGGGUGAACUGAUGGUGGAAAAGCAAAAGCGAGAACAAAAUUACAUGAAACACCAGCUGGAGGCAGCUGCUAACCACAAGAGGAAAGCCAUCCUGCAUCAACUAGUGGACCAGAGGCGGGAUUUGCAAAUGCUUCAGAGGACACAAAGAGAGCACUUGGCAGACAGAACCGCUGAGCUGGAGCGAGUAAAUAGAGUCAACCAAUGCUUACAGGAGGACUGGGAAAGGAGUGCUGUGAUGAAGAAGCAGCGAGACCUGGAGGACAAGGCUUUUGAACGGGCUUCAGACAAGCUGUUUCUCCUAGACCAGUGUGAGAAGUAUCGGCGCUGCAAGCAAUGCCAGAGGCGCACCUCCAACGUGGGCGAGAGCAACCUGUGGCCCCUGAACAAGUUCCUGCCUGGCUCCCGGUUGCUUGUGUAAAACUCAAAGUUUGGCUCUGCGUUUCCUGGGGAAAGUUUUUAUCUUUUACAUGUUUGGGGGUGAUUGUGAAACUGCGUAUUUUUACCUCAGAGAAAAAAUUCAUUGUUUAGGUUUGGUGCUUUCAUUAGAUUGCUUGUUAAGCCCUAAUUGAAUUCACUCCUGCUUUCCUCCCACCCCCACUUAUUUCCUAUACUAGUCUCUGAUGGCAGUGAAGGUGUCUGAAUGGUCCUGAGGGCUAGAACCUGCUGCACAGGGGCUGGGAAUGGGACCCAGCUUCAUUAUGGCUGCUGGGGUGCUGCUGACCCAGCCCUGCUGCUGCUCCAUGACUUUGUGUACAAAACUUUUUUCAUCUGUAAUGAAGAGUGGCAAUAAUAAAUAUUUUCUAAGCGCC